CAAAGAGCAAAACGCUUUUAUCUACAAUAAAAAAAAAUCUGCGAGUUUUCUGAACGUAAGUGUACAAUACCAAUAUUUACAUAAAGUCGCGUAUAUACCGAGACACACACAUGCUUAGUUGUAUUGGUUAGCGUGCGUUUGGGGCCGUAUUUGACACUACGCUUCCCACAGCUUAGCAAUAACGGUAUAUUAAGCAUCCUUGGUCUUAAUUUUUGAACGCCUGCCAACAUGGGUAGCUUACCGAAUUUGCACGAGUUGGAGGAAAUAGAGCGCCGACGUGAAAAACGCCGUGAACGUGAGCAACGUGAGCAAUUGCGAGAGCAACGAGCACGUGAUUCAAGUCGUGAGCGUGAGCGAAUGGCGUUAUUUGCACAGCGCAAGCAAAAUUCCUACAAUGCCUAUCUAAUGGCUGGUUUGGGAAUGGGUGGUGGCACACUUGGUAUGGCUGCUGCCGUCGGAGCUUCCCACAUAACAGGCACAGCCGCAGCAACUGGUGUUCUCGGCGUUAGCGCCAAUACCCCAGCCACGACGGCUACGACUACUUUGGGUGGGUUUGCUGUAGGCGGCGCAGCACUGCUCGACUUAGGCACGCCGGCAUUACUAACGAAACACCAUCAUCAACACCAUCAACAUCAUCGACAUUCGCUGACAACACGACAUCGAGUGUUGCGCACAAGAAGUUCGGGAGCGACACACAAUAUCUGGGAUGAACAAUUGAUGGAGCACCUUGCCGCAUACUCACCAAUUUCCACACGUUCACAUCGUAUCAAUCCGGUCUCAUCAUAUCAGGUGCAAGCCGCAUUGGCCGCCUCUCGUCGACGUGAGUCUAUCAACAGUUCCAUUGGUGCUGCAUCGAUACGACGCCUUAUUACGCUUAAUAACCGCAACUGCCGCCAUAAGAUACCGCCACACGUGCGACAUAAGGUGUGCCAGAGCUUCAUCUGCAUAGCGGUGGCGCACGGUUUGAUUUGCGGUGUAUUAUUGCCGCUAUUCGCGCUACAAGGUUCCAACUCCGUGUGGCAUCAACGCGAACAGUGGUUACAUGUGGGACCCAACAUCGGCUCACUUCUAUUAAGCGGUUGCUUUUUGAUCUCCGCCAUUAUGUGCCUAUUUACCAAACGCCUUAUACAGAAAUUUGGUCAUACAACAGUGAUUGGCGCCAGUUACAUAGCGGCGAGUAUCUUUCUCCUAUGUCAUCUUUUUCCCUCCAUCUUUACGCUACUGCCGGCAUAUAUACUGCUCGGUGUCACAUACAGCCCUUCAUGGAUUAGCAAAAUAGCAUUGGUGGUGCACUUUGGUAGCAAGUUGAGCUGUUCCCAGCAUGAGUGCCUGCUGAGUUCGUCGCAUAAUACAGAUGUGAUGGAUGAGCAUAAACUCUUCUGUAACCGCGAUCAAAAGGUGCGCCGUUUGGCGCGCUGGUUUCAGGUGGCACAAGAUCUGGGUAUCAUACUGGGCACGCUAUUGGCAUCAUUCACUUUGGCUUGUAGUUCUAGCGAUUGGAAUUGCUUCGAUAGUAGCGAAACAGUGGCAAUGGAGACACAAGCAACUUUACUGCCCAAUGAAAAUCUGACAGAAAAUAUUGUGAAGGCAGUGGCACUGCGUUCACAUUCUUACAGUAUGACUGGGUUUUUACCCAAUAUACCGGGCUAUUUCGAUGAUUUUUACUAUCACAAUGAGCACGGUGAAAGAAUUUGUGGUGCCGAUAUGUGCCCCGUUUGGCAUCAGGAUAACACAUUUGACGAUACGAGCAACGGCACCAACGAAACGAUUUACACGCAAUUCAUUAAUGAAAGAUCGACUGGCGGCGGUAUUACGCUGAUAAGCACCUAUUUCUUAUUCACAUUAGCUGCGGCGGCUUUAUCCUUCUUUGGUGGGCGCAUUCAAUGCACAUUCCGUCGCGAGGUGCAUAUAAAAGGCGUAACGGAUACGAUAUUGUUCGCCGGACCGAUGGCGUAUUUCGUGGGAACUGAACAGGCCUAUAUGUUGGGCGACUUUCUGCGGGCAUUCGUCUCUUGCUCCUUGGGUAUUAGUAUGGUGGCCGGUGCUUUAGUCGGCAUGGGUCUUAUGCAAUGCAUAGUUUCCUGCACAUUAAGCAUGCUACUACGUCACACCAAACGAAUCGUGGUCAUCUUGGCCGGUUUCUUCUUCCAAUCAUGUCUACUACUUGCUUUAUCCAGCUGGAAGCCAUCGAGCGAUGACAUGGCACUUUUCUAUGUGCUGGCUGCCUCAUGGGGCGCAUGUAACGGUAUGUGGGAAACGCUUUUAAUGGCCUUAAUCACGCUGAAUCACGCCAACCACGUUACGGAUGUCACCAGUCCGUUGCAGGGACUACGUUUUCUCGGCCUAGGUAUCACGUUCGCAGCGCACGGUUUGAUGUGUGAAACACCGAAAAUUAUCACCAUGGUUAUAAUCCUAGUGUUGAGCUUGCCGGCGUAUGCAAUGCUAGAAAUAAGACUGGAAGCGCAACGUAAAUCGCAAUUGAUCAAUUUAUGACGUAGCGUCUUUAGUUAGUCAAAAAGGCAAGACGCCAUGGCACGAACUCAUACAAUGUAAUCGAGUGCGGAAACAAGUCAUGGGUGUCAAUGGAUGCAUAGCAAAAGUUAAACAGUAUUAAUUUUAAACCUGCAAAAGCUAAGUAAACAAAUAUUUUAUACAAGUUAUAUGCAGCACUCGGAGUUUUGAGGUUAUCGACAAAGCCUAUACCGUUCGAAACAUUAAACUUAGAGUAAUUAAUAGUUAACUACACAUGUAUAGUAUAUCUAGGUACAUUGUAUUUGGUUAAGACUCCGUCAGAAAAAAACGCUCAGCAAACGGUCUUCCAUCUCGCUACAGAAUAUACAUAACUCAGCUCCCAUUAAAGUCGCAAUAUCUCCAGAACUAUUAAAAUCUCCAUAAUUUUUUCAAAUGCAAGGUGAACUUAUAAGGAAUCCAUAUUUAAGUUAGGUUAGGUAAGA